GGAUGACUGAACUGUACCCUCUAGGUCGCAAAGGUCAAACAUUUAUAUUGGAGUAAUUACGAAUGUGAGCGGAAUAUUUAGUAGCGAAGCUAUCGAGUUCCUCCUCUAACAUUGCAUUUAAUUUUUAAGCAUUUUAAUUAACAAACCGGAAGCGAUGUCGUGGUUUUCCGAAAUCGAAUUGGGCCCACCGGUGGAGGUGUUCGCCCUUAUUAAGGCCUACAAUGAGGACAAUUUCGAGCAAAAAGUAAACUUGAGCGUCGGCGCAUACAGAACCGCUGAAGGUAAACCCUGGCUAUUGCCCGUUGUGAAAGAGGCUUCGAUAAAAUUAGUCAACGAUGCAACUUUGAAUAAAGAGUAUUUGCCGAUUUUGGGUCUGGAAUCUUUCUCUAAUGCUGCCACGAAUUUGUUGCUCGGUGUCGAUUCACCUGCGAUUAUCGAAAAAAGGGCUUUUGGAGUUCACUCCCUUUCCGGAACUGGUUCGCUAAGAGUAGGCGCUGAGUUUCUAGCCAGGGUUUUGGGAAAGAAAAUUUUCUACUACUCUAAACCAACGUGGGAGAAUCACAUUUUGUUGUUCAAAAAUGCCGGAUUCGAGGAAGGCAGGGAAUAUCGUUACUGGGAUAACAAUACUCGUUCUUUGGACUUCGAUGGAAUGAUUCAAGAUUUAAGAAAUGCCCCAACGGGGUCUGUUAUUAUCUUGCACGCUGUUGCUCACAAUCCAACAGGAAUCGAUCCCACAGUGGAACAAUGGGACCAAAUAGCUAACGUGGUGAAAGAAAGAAGGCUGUUUCCAUUUUUCGAUUGCGCUUACCAAGGUUUCGCCUCCGGUGAUGUGGCCAAAGACGCUUACUCGGUACGCCGGUUCGCCUCGUUGGGCUUCGAAUUCUUCUGCGCGCAGAGUUUCGCGAAGAACUUCGGCCUGUACAACGAACGUGUGGGAAACUUGACCGUCGUCGUGAAUAAUCCGAGUGUAAUACCAGCUAUAAAAUCCCAUUUGACUAUAAUAGUAAGAGGAAUGUACUCCAAUCCUCCCGCGCACGGUGCUAGAAUCGUGGAGGCCGUUCUUCGGGAUCCUGUUAUGUAUGAAAAAUGGCAAGAUCACAUUAAAACCAUGUCGUCGAGGAUUAUCGAAAUGAGGAAAGAGUUGAGACGGUCCCUGGAACAUUUGGGAACCCCCGGAGAAUGGAACCAUCUUACCGAGCAUAUUGGCAUGUUUUCGUAUACAGGUUUGACUGAAAGCCAGGUUGAACGUAUGAUCAGGAACCAUCACGUGUACAUGCUGCGCUCAGGAAGGAUCAGUAUGGCUGGAUUAAAUCCGAGCAAUGUCUAUUACGUAGCGAAGUCGAUUCACGAAACUAUAUUGGCGGUACCCACUAAAGUGUGAUAAUCUCCAUGAAAUUGAAAUAGGAAUAUGUAAAUAUGUACCAUCAAAAAUCAUUAUCUAAGAAUUAUAUUGUAUAAGAGUAUUUUAAAUUGACGCCUUUCUACCGAUUUAAUUUUUAUUGUAGUCUUCAAAGUAAUAAAUAUUUUAAACGAC